UCAAAGCAAAUAGCGACGCCGGUCGGUCGUACUUCUAGUAUUGUAUUGACAUAUCAAAUCUUUAUGUAGAUGAAUAUUCUGUUUUCUAAUUUCUUAGAAACGCUUAGGUAAUAUUAUUGGGUAAUAUCAAAUCUUUAUUUUUCGGGUAUAAAAAAUAGCAAACGACUGAAUUUUUCGGGUAAUAUUAUGUAGAGAGCUGUUUGUUUUUUGGGAACAUUCAUGUAAGUCGACUGAAUCAUUCAUGACUCGGUCAUUACCCAACUUUUAGUUUUGUUUCCCUACCAUCCAUGCUCCCCGAUUUUAGAGCAAUGGUCCUGAAAUUUGUCUUCCGCUCAUGGGUCUUCAAUUGCUAUUUUGGGAGUAGCAAGGAGCUCCACAGAAUUUGGGAGCUAAACUCGGACGCCUUCUCUAUCAACGCCUCUAAAUGCCUCUUGGAGUCUCCACCAUCCCUCUCAGAACCUCGAUAUAACACCCUCAGUUCUCUUUUGAAUGACCAAUAUUUAGCAGCCUUGGGCCAACCAAGGUGGUUACCAUGGCGCAUCUUCCAAGAAUGAGGGCCUUGGGCUGCUUUUUCUUCAUCUCCCUCCUUUCCUUCUCUUCUUUCUCUUCAUUUUCCCUUGCACUAACAGAUGCUGAGGCAACUUACAUUGCUCGCCGGCAAUUGCUGACGUUUUCAAAGUUGGAUCAUCUUUCGGAAGGUGGUAUCCUUGACUCGACAAAUUUUGAUUUUGAGCUUAACUUUACUUUUGAAAAUGAUAGGCUCAAGAAAGCCUACAUCGCCCUCCAAGCAUGGAAGAAGGCCACGUAUUCUGACCCGCACAAUACGACCGGCAACUGGGACGGUCCUGAUGUUUGUCAGUAUACCGGCGUUUUCUGUGCACCAGCACUUGAUGAUCCAAAUGUGACUGUUGUUGCUGGUAUUGACCUCAACCAUGCAGACAUUGCCGGCCAUCUUCCCGUCGAGAUCGGUUUGCUAACUGACAUCAGUCUUCUCCAUCUCAAUUCCAACAGGUUCUGUGGAAUAAUUCCAAAAAGCAUCUCUAAACUGACCCUCCUAUACGAGCUUGAUGUUAGUAACAACCGUUUUGUCGGGCCAUUCCCGCAUGUGGUUUUGGAGUUACCGAACCUCAAGUACCUUGAUAUUAGAUUCAAUGACUUCGAAGGAGCGUUGCCUCCAGCCCUUUUUGACAAGCAGCUCGAUGCCAUAUUCAUAAACAACAACAGAUUCCACUCCAACCUCCCCGAAAACUUUGGCAAUUCCCCAGCUUCAGUGAUUGUGGUGGCACAGAACCAUUUCAGUGGUUGCCUCCCAAAGAGCAUUGGCAAAAUGGGAGAAACCUUGGACGAGAUCAAUUUUGCCCACAAUGGUCUCUCUGGUUGCUUGCCGGAAGAAAUUACCGAACUCCAAAGUGCAACUGUAUUUGACAUCAGUGAAAACAAGUUCGUUGGGUCCUUGCCUGUUGGUCUAGAGUACUUGCAGAAGCUUGAAGAGAUCAGCAUUGCUCAUAACAUGUUUACGGGAAAUGUUCCUGAAUCUUUGUGUACCUUGCCAAGCGUAACGAACAUCUCUCUUUCUUACAACUAUUUCGAGAACGAGGAUGUUUCGUGCGUAUCCUCUGGUAAUUUAACCAUAGAGGACGACAGCAAUUGCUUGGAUAAUAAGCCAAGCCAGAAAACAAAGGCGGCUUGUUUACCUGUUACAAGUCACCCCGUUGAUUGCGCCAAAGAGGGUUGCAGAAAAUCCCCGUCUAGAAAUGGUCCAAAGCAUCCGGAGAAACCUCACCAGCCAACUCCUACAAAGCCAAGGCCAAGGACUCCAACCAAACCUGCGCCAAUUUCCUCUCCUCCCACACCCCAGCCAACACCAAAACCGUCACCAUCACCAACACCACCAACUCCCAUUCAAUCUCCACCACCACCUCCAACUCCUGUUCAAUCUCCACCACCACCUGUUCCAGAACCACCAACUCCUGUCCAAUCUCCACCACCACCAACCCCUACACCAAAGCCAGCUCCUAUUCAAUCUCCUCCACCACCAACUCCGGUUCCAUCUCCAUCCCCACCUGUUUCAAAACCACAACUCCUACCAACUCCUGCUCAUUCUUCACCACCAACUCCUGUUCCAUCUCCAUCCCCACCUGUUUCAAAACCACCAACUCCUAUCCAAUCUCCACCACCACCAAUUCCUAGUCCAAAACCAACUCCUAUCCAAUCACCACCACUACCAACUCCUACCCCAAAGCCAACUCCUAUUCCAUCCCCACACCCAUUUGUUUCAAAACCACCAACUCCUAGCCCAAAACCAACUCCAAUUCAAUCUCCACCAACAGUUGUUGUCUCACCACCACCAACUCCAGUUAAAUCCGCACCAUCACCUGUGCCUGGGCAUCCCCUGCCACCGCCACCAGUUGCCUCGCCUCCACCAGUUCCAACUCAAUCUCCACUACCACCUGUUCCCGUCCAUUCUCCACCACUACCAGUGGCCUCACCCCCACCUCCAGUUCAAUCACCACCUCCGCCAGUCCAUUCUCCACCACCACCAGUGUUCUCACCUCCUCCACCAGUUUUCUCCCCACCACCACCAGUGUUCUCACCCCCUCCACCAGUUUUCUCCCCACCACCACCUGUCCAUUCACCUCCACCACCACCAGUCUUCUCUCCUCCACCUCCAGUUUUCUCACCUCCCCCACCAGUUCACUCUCCACCACCACCCAUCUUCUCUCCACCACCACCAGUGCACUCACCACCCCCACCAGCACCUGUUCUAUCCCCGCCACCUCCUCCAGUACAAUCACCUCCACCACCACGAGCACCAAUUCAUCCACCUUCUCCACCUCCUGCUCCUGUGGUUUCUCCACCACCCCCAGCUUUUGCGGACGUCGUGCUUCCUCCAAUCCUUGGCGCAGCGUAUUCAUCACCGCCACCACCAAUUUACCCUGGCUAUUAAAGAGCUGAUCACCAUCAAUUCUAUGUACCAUGUUUUUUCACUAUUAGUAGUUAAGAAAGCACACAAAAGAAAUCUAUGUAAAACUCCCCGCUCAGUGAGAAAACAUACGUUGCCCAAUUCAAAAUUGUUCUUAUUGAAAUUCAUUACUUCGA